AAGGACGUCUUGAUCUUGGGUACAGGACAAGAAAUAUUUCCAGUGUCUAACUGUGGAUACAGUUCUGGUCUUGAUAUCUUUUAUAAAUUGAUUACUGCUUUCUUAAUUUCUGAACAUUUGGUGAGCUUCGAACUAUGGAUUAUCAGUCACAGGAAAUUUGUCACCAUGAAUUCUUUGAAGAGUUGAAUAUUCACCGGAAAGAAUCGAAGCAUUUGGAUUUGGUGCUGAAUGUUGGUGGUAAACAAUUUCCGGCUCAUAAGCUAGUUUUGGCCUGCAUAUGUCCUUAUUUCGAGGCUAUGUUCAAUGGUUGCUUUCAAGAUAGUAGCAAAGAAGAAAUUGAAUUACUGGGUUUGGAGCCUGAAACGUUUGAACUCAUGCUAGAAUACAUAUAUACUGGACAUAUAGUUUUUACCAAGGACACUGCGAUUGAUAUUUUCAAAACAGCCGAUUUCCUUCAAUUGAGUUGGUUACCAGAGGAGUGUGUUAAAUUCAUGGCGCACAACAUAGAGCAUGACAAUUGCAUAUCAUACUGGAAGUUAGGAGAGUCUUUUCAAGAGUGCUCCAAGCUGAAAAUGCAGGCCUUAGAAUACGCUUCCACUUUUCUGGGCGAAAUUAUGGUCACAAAGGAUUUCCUUGAGCUAGAGUUUGUUGAUCUGGAAACUCUGAUAGCCUCAUCUGAGAGAUACUUCACCCAAAAAAAUGAACUUUACGAAACGAUCUACACAGCAAUAAUGAAGUGGAUUCAGCACAGUCCAAGUAAGCGAAAAAUACACUUAAAGAAACUGCUGGCGUUCGUGAAAACCCAGGACAUAAGACAGUCUUUCCUGGACAAUGUAAUUAUGAAGGAUAAUCUCCUGCAACAAGAUAUAGCCGCUGCCAACUGGUUACUAGACAAUUUCUCCUUGACAAAAUCGCAGAACUCAUUUAGUUUCAACGACUCAGCAACAGAGUCUGGGAAAAAAGCUCCACACUUGUUCAUAAUGGACACUUCGACUCGCUGCUCAGGUUUCAACGUAGAAACAAAACGAAUGUUUUGGCUGCCAAAUCGUCCUAUGUCACAAGGAUUCUGUGCGCUGUGGCGAAAUGAGCACAUUUACAUCUUCGGUGGUUUAAAAACUCAGAAUGCCCUGCGGUAUGAUAAGGAAACAAAUCAUUGGGAAUACAUCCCAUUCCGAACCCAAAUUUUAAACAGUGCUGGGUCUUUCGUGGAUGACACAGCCUACAUCAGUGGCGGCUUCUUCUACAAUAACUGGCAUGACACGGUGUUGCGAUACGAUCUGCAUCGAGGCAGAUUUGAUAGAGGUCCAAGGAUGAUAAUGAAGCGAGCGUACCACGGAUCAGUUGUGGAUAAUCGAUGCCUCUAUGUCUGCGGAGGAAGUAAUGGCUCUGGUGAAUCUGUUAUCAAACUAGCUCUAUCAGAACGGAUGGACAUUCGUGAAGGGUUCUGGAGACUUCUCCCUGGUAUGAAAUAUGCACACGGAAAAUGUAACGUCGCCAUGGUCGACGAGACACUUUAUUGCACGGAUAUAGCUGGGGGAAGAACGGAAUGUUUUGAUAUUCGACGUGGCGCUUGGGAAUCAAUUGCUGAAGCUCCGGGGAAUAACGGUGCCAUAGUUUCCUAUAACAGGAAUCUUUAUCGUAUUUAUGAAAAUGGUAUAUCGGUUUAUAGCCCAUCGGCCGAUGCAUGGUCCCGCGUGAAAGAUUAUUUUUAUAUCACACCCGUGGCAGUUGCGAUAGAUAAUUAGAAGAUUACUUUAAUAUUAUGAAGUACCAGAAGUGUCGCUGUUAGAAUGGAGGUGAAAAAUAUGUCUGUAUAUAUUGCGGUCCUGAUUUAUUUGAUUAAUUUAUUCUACCUAAAAAAUAAAAAGAAGUAUUCGAUUUCAAA